AUGAGGUUCCAGAUCAGCCCAUUAAAUUUAAACAUUCCAUGGAAUUUACCAGUUUCAAGCCCUUGCAAUUACACUGCAGUAAAAUCCAAGUGCGAACUUGAAGAAUUGAAUAAGCAAGUAAUAAAAUUUUGGGAUGUUGAGGAUUACCAAUGCGCCCAUCCGGUACUCUCACAACAGGACAUUGUUUGCGAAACACAUUUUACAGACCAUAGUAAAAGAGAUGAAAGCGGCAGAUUUUGGGUUUCCCUUCCGACAAAGGACAAUCAUAUUAUAUUAGGGGCUUCUAAUGAAUUAGCACGUAAACGGUUUAUGUCGCUGGAAUGGAAAUUAGAAAAAAACGUUGAACUGCGGUCACAAUAUGUAGAUUUCAUGCGCGAAUAUUAUGCAUUAGGUCAUAUGGAACCAGUUUGCGGGAAAUCAGUAUUCAAGGGCAAUAAAAUUCGUGUAGUGUUUGAUGCAAGCAUGAAAUCAGACAACGGUUUGAGCCUCAAUGAAAACUUAUUGCCAGGUCCCACCAUACAGGACGACAUUUUUGGAAUCACUUUACGUUUUAGAACCUACCAAUUCGUGAUUAAUGCGGACAUUACCAAAAUGUACCGCCAAAUUAUGUUAAACAUUCCCGAUCGCGAUUAUCAUAGAAUAUUUUGGAGAGAAACAAAAAACGAUCCGUUGCAAGUUUAUCGUUUAAUAACUGUCACUUACGGAACCACCAGUGCUCCAUUCUUAGCCGUACGUUCAUUACAACAAUUAGCGAAUGAAAAUUCCGAAUCAUUUCCACUUGCAAGUUCGAGGAUUAAUCGAGAUUUUUACGUAGACGAUCUGCUUACAGGUGCAGAUACAUUACCUCAGGCAAUCGAGUUGCAAAAACAAAUCAAUUUCAUUUUGAAUUCAGGUGGUUUCCAGUUAGCUAAAUGGGCGUCUAAUGACAUCAAUUUAAUUCCUCAUUCGAAUAACACAGACACAUGUAACAUUCAUUUUGACAAGCAUAACGAAAACAAAACUCUAGGUUUACAUUGGAAUUACAGUCACGAUACACUAGGAUAUAAAUUAAGUUUACCACAUAAGUUACCUAAGACUGGCUUAACGAAAAGGUAUAUUUUAUCGAUAGUCUCACGCAUUUUUGAUCCCCUGGGUUUGGUGAGCCCCGUAGUUGUGAAGGCUAAAUUAUUAUUACAAAAAUGCUGGUUUGAAAAUCUACAAUGGGAUCAAAAGGUUCCACCUAGUAUUAAUAACGCAUGGCUGGAUUUAAUUCAGGACCUUACCGAUCUAAAUACAAUUACCAUUAAUCGGAAGGUAGUACCCCAAAAUGUCGUUAGCAUUGAACUGCAUGGAUUCUCGGGCGCAUCGGAAAGGGCGUAUGGUGCGGCGGUUUAUUUAAGAACAAUUGAUAGCGACGAGAACAUUCAGGUUAAUUUAUUAACGUCGAAGUCCAGAGUGGCCCCUAUUAAAACUGUAACCAUCCCCAGAUUAGAAUUAAUGGCGGCGGUACUGCUUUCUGAUUUAGUGACACGUAUCAUUCAUUUGUUGGAUCUUAACAUCACGUCAAAAUUUCUCUGGACCGAUUCCACGAUAGUUUUACACUGGCUAGCACGUCCUGCUAAUCAUUGGCAAAUUUUUGUAGCUAACAGAGUCGCACAAAUUCAGUCUAAAACUAAUAUCGAGGAAUGGGUCCAUGUCAAUAGCGCUGACAAUCCAGCCGACAUAGUUUCGCGGGGUAUGUCCGCACAGCAGUUGUCAAGCCGAAAUCUGUGGUGGCAUGGGCCAAGCUGGUUAGCCGAAGAACCAGAUAACUGGCCUAAAUGGUCCCACAAUGAAUUAAACUUUGACGAAAUCAUUCCCGAAACCCAUAAAACAGUCGCAAUAACUGUUUGUGACAAUUCAUUUAAAUUAAUAGAAACCUUUUCCGAUUACAACCGACUAAUAAAAUGUGUGGCGUACAUAUUUCGUUUCAUUGACUACAUACAGUCAAAACAAGACCACAAGAAGGGGCAACUAAAUGUCCAAGAUUUUCAGAAUGCUCAAAAUAAAAUUGUUAGAUACGUUCAAAAACAAACAUUUUGCAGGGAAUCUCAUGAACUAGAGACAAAUGGUGUAGUCAAUAAAAAUAGUUCAAUUUUAAGUUUGAGUCCAUUUUUAGAUAAAGAUCAAAUUAUCAGAGUUGGUGGGAGAUUGCGUAAUUCAAAUUUAACAUUUGCUGUAAAACAUCCCAUACUACUUCCAAAGGGUCACCACUUUACCAAGUUGGUAAUCGAGCAUUUUCACAAGCAGGAAUUGCACGCCGGAGCGCAGGCCACACUUGCUGCAAUUAGACAGCAGUUUUGGAUCAUUGCAGCCCGCAACACGAUUAGGGAAGUUUUACACAAGUGUAUCCCAUGUUUCAAAUCAAACCCGAAAAUACAUUAUCAAAAAAUGGGCGAUCUCCCACAUCAAAGAUUGCAGCCAGCCAGACCAUUUUCAAAAUCUGGUGUAGACUAUUGCGGACCGAUUAACAUAAAAGAAGGUCGCGGCAGAGGUAAGCGCUCAGUUAAGGCCUACAUAGCCCUUUUUGUAUGUCUCUGCACCAAGGCCGCCCAUCUAGAGCUAGUGAGCAAUCUAACAUCUAGCGCCUUUCUGAGCGCGUUUAAAAGGUUUAUUUCACGCAGGGGAAACGUGUCGGAAAUACACUCCGAUAAUGCAACAAAUUUUGUAGGCGGAAAAAAUGAACUAACUAAUUUCAUCACCAGCGACGAGUUUAAAAAUAGUGUACGAAAGGGUUUGCAAGAUCAAAUAAAAUGGUUUUUUAUACCUCCCAAAUCACCGAAUUUCGGAGGAAUUUGGGAAGGUAAUAUUAAAUCAGUAAAACGCCAUUUAAAGAGGGUGAUUGGGAGUGCGUUGCUCACGUUCGAGGAAAUGUGCACCUUCCUCACCCGGGUUGAAGCCUGUCUCAACUCGCGGCCACUUACCCCAUUAUCCGCGGAUCCCAAUGACCUAUCAGUAUUGACUCCGGGACAUUUCCUUAUCGGCGAAAGUUUGACCGCCCCACCAGAAAGAGACCUACAGGAUGUCAAUCUUAAUCGACUAGACCGUUGGCAGAUCACGGAACGGAUGCGUCAACAAUUUUGGAAGAGAUUCCAACGGGAGUACGUGACCCAAUUACAAACAAGAAACAAGUGGAAGACAGCUCCAGAACGUUCCCUUACACCUGGAUGUCUGGUACUUCUCGUUGACGAACAAACCCCACCUAUGACGUGGCCGAUGGGAAGAGUGCUGGAGGUCCAUCCAGGUAGCGACGGCCUAGUACGUGUCGCAACGGUCCGCACGAGCAAGGGGGUCUACAAGAGAGCCGCGUCCAAAUUAUCCAUCCUGCCAUUAGAUCAGGACAUCGACACCAGCGAGUGA